GAGCUGAAACUGCUUAUGGCCACCUUCUUAUCUCCCAGGAGCUCAGGAAACACUGGGUCUGAAUAUGGUACGGAAGCUGUGGUCCAUCCAAGGGCUUCGUUGGACCAGGGACUGGAACCCAGGGAGGUUGUCUGUUUUCCCCCAAGAACAGGAAUUCAUAGAAAAUGCCACCCCACAUCCUGCUGCAGUGCAGCAGAGAUUAUGGCGGUCCUCUUCUUUCACACCAUGAAGUACAAACCCCAGGACCCCAGGGACCCCAGCAAUGACCGCUUUGUGCUCUCCAAGGGUCACGCUGCUCCUAUCCUCUAUGCAGUCUGGGCUGAGGCUGGCUUCCUGCCAGAGGCUGAGCUGUUGAACUUGAGGAAGAUCACCUCCAUUUUAGAUGGCCACCCAGUCCCUAAACAAGCCUUUACAGACGUGGCUACCGGCUCCCUGGGUCAAGGGCUUGGAGCAGCUUGUGGAAUGGCCUACACAGGCAAAUACUUCGACAAAGCCAGCUACCGUGUCUAUUGUUUGCUGGGUGAUGGGGAGGUAUCUGAAGGCUCCGUGUGGGAGGCCAUGGCCUUUGCAGGAUUCUACAAGUUGGACAACCUGGUUGCCAUCUUUGACGUUAACCGGCUGGGCCAGAGCGACCCUGCCCCACUGCAGCACCACAUGGAAGUGUACCAGAAACGAUGUGAAUCCUUUGGGUGGGAUGUCAUCGUUGUGGAUGGACACAGUGUGGAAGAACUCUGCAAGGUCUUCGACCAGGGCAAGCAUAAGCCACUGGCUGUCAUUGCAAAGACAUAUAAGGGCAGAGGAAUCUCAGGUGUGGAAGAUAAGGAAGCUUGGCAUGGGAAGCCCCUUCCCAAAAACAUGGCAGAGCAGGUCAUCGAGGAAAUAUACAGCCAAAUCCAAAGCAAGAAGAAGAUUCUAGCUACCCUCCCCAAAGAGGAUGCCCCCACAGUUAAUAUCACCAACAUCCGGAUGCCAUCUCCUCCAAAUUUCAAGCUGGGAGACAAGCUCGCCACCCGCAAAGCCUAUGGCAUGGCGCUGGCCAAACUGGGGAAUGCCAGUGACCGUGUGAUUGCCCUGGAUGGGGACACCAAGAAUUCCACCUUUUCAGAACUCUUUAAGAAGGAGCAUCCUGAUCGCUUCAUUGAGUGUUUCAUCGCUGAACAGAACAUGGUGAGCAUCGCCGUGGGGUGUGCCACCCGGGACAGGACUGUGCCUUUCUGCAGCACGUUUGCCGCCUUCUUCACCAGGGCCUUCGACCAGAUCCGUAUGGCAGCCAUUUCUGAGAGCAGUAUCAACCUGUGUGGCUCACACUGUGGAGUGUCCAUCGGUGAAGAUGGUCCUUCUCAGAUGGCCCUUGAAGAUCUUGCCAUGUUCCGGAGCAUUCCCAAUGGGACAAUCUUUUACCCAAGUGAUGCCGUAGCUACUGAGAAAGCAGUGGAGUUAGCUGCUAACACAAAGGGCAUCUGUUUUAUAAGAACCAGUCGCCCAGAUAAUGCAGUCAUUUACAACAACAAUGAAAACUUCCAGGUUGGCCAAGCUAAGGUGGUCCUGAAGAGCAAGGAUGACCAGGUGACUGUGAUUGGAGCUGGAGUAACCCUUCACGAAGCCUUGGCAGCUGCAGAGCAGCUGAAGAAAGAAAAGAUCAACAUCCGGGUGCUUGAUCCCUUUACAAUUAAGCCCUUGGAUAAGAAGCUCAUCCUUGACAGUGCCCGAGCGACCCAUGGCCGCGUCCUGACUGUGGAAGACCAUUACUAUGAGGGUGGCAUAGGAGAGGCUGUGGCUGCUGCCCUGGUGGGUGAGCCUGGCAUCACCGUCUCUCGCUUGGCAGUCUCUAACGUCCCGAGAAGCGGGAAGCCGGCGGAGCUGCUGAAGAUGUUUGGCAUCGACAAGGACGCCAUUGUGCAGGCUGUCAAGGCGGCCUUGUCUCAAGCCUAAGAUGCCUGUUGGAGAUUCCAGACCAAAACAAGGAGAAGGGAAGAGAGAAAGAAACAUUCCUGUACCUUUAGAUACAUUUAAGUAACUUUUGUUUCUACUGAGGAUCGAUUAAAAAUAAUUAUUAAAAAUGUUUUGAGAAAAUGUU